CCAACACCAACCGCAAGCGCAAGCGCAAGCGCAGCUGUUAAAAGGCCCACCGCAUCCCACACCCGUUCUAAAUUGGAUUUCUGAAAACAAAAAAACUGAUAUUUUCUUUCUCUCCUUUAUUUUCUACCUUUCCUUUAUUUUAUAUUUUUAUUGGCACCUUUCGAAUACAACCGCGGCUCCAGGGUAACGACAAAAUAUAAAGUUAUUUACAUUUACCCGCCUUCUCGGAUACAACUGCCCUUUCUUAUCUCUCGGGUAAAGAAUUAAAAAGUCACUGCUUGGGAACUGCGCUUGGACCUGCUAUCGACGAGCUAUUACCCGCUUGCACUAUGAGUAGCGCACACUCAUCUUCCACCGAGUCGGCGUCGGAAUCCAUGCUCACGCGCCGCAAGGCCGCCACCACCAGCCCGCGCCCGCAUGACAACGUCGCCUUUGAAGAUCAACUUUGUCUACGAGUUUGGGGGCCCAUUGGCGCCGCCUCGAUGAUUGUCGGCUUCCCGCUGCUGAUGGCGUAUCAGUUCUUGUGCGUCUACGACAACAACGGCCACUUUCUCCUUCCCGAAUCGCUGGCCGACUUUUCCCCGUGGGCCUGCCGCAUGGCCCAGCGCUACUGGGACAUUGCGGGCCCCACCUGGACCGGAGCCAAGAUCUACCUUGGCUUCACGUUCUUCAUGGUCGCCCUCGCGUACGUCUGCCCCGGCCCCACCAUGCAGGGCUACAAGCUGCCGAGCCUCAACGGCCAGCGCCUGACGUACCACUGCAACGCGCUGUGGUCAUGGUGGAUUACCGUUAUCACGUCGCUGGUCCUGCACUUCACCGGCAUCUUCAGGCUGACUGAGAUCGUCGACAACCUGGGCCCGAUCAUGACCUUUCUUCUGGCCGGCGCCCUCUACGCCAUCACCGUCCUCCGCGGCAAGACCCACCGCGCAUCGGGCAAUGUCAUCUACGACUUUUUCAUGGGCCCUGAUCUGAAGCUCUUCACAGAGCUCCGCAUCCCCUGGCCCAUCCUCUUCUUCAUCUCCGUGUCGUGCGCCUUCAAACAGUACGAGCUGAUCGGCUACGUCACGCCCGAGUCUGCCUUCAUGGUCCUUGCGCACUGGCUGUACUCGAACGCCUGCAACAAGGGCGAGGAGUGCGUGAUUACCUCGUGGGAUAUCUUCUACGAGCUCGAGAGCUGGUACCUCUUGUUCUGGAACCUCGCCGGCGUGCCCUUCUCGUACUGCUACUCGUCAGUGUACCUUCUGAAAAACGGCCCAAUGAACUUCUCCACGCCCUGGCUCGUCCUGUGCUACACCAUGGUUAUUGUCGGUUAUUACUUCUGGGACACUGGUAACUCGCAGCGCAACCGCUUCCGCAUGCACUGGAACAACACGCUCAUUAAGCGCAAUGCGUUCCCGCAGCUGCCCAAGAGCUUCAUCCAUAAUGCCAAGUACCUGCAGACUCGCCACGGCAACAAGCUGUUGAUCGACGGCUGGUACGCGUAUGCCCGCAAGCCCCACUACACGGCUGAUCUGGUCAUGGCUCUCUCCUGGGGUCUGAUCGCUGGCUUUGGCUCCUUCUUCCCAUACUUCUACAUCACCUUCUUCCUCAUUGUGCUUGUUCAUCGCGUUGGCCGCGAUGACGCGCGCUGCGUCAGGAAGUACGGUGCUGACUGGGACGAGUACAUGCGCGUUGUCCCUUGGAAGUUCAUCCCCUACAUUUUCUAAGCUUUUAAUAAAAGCCGGGCGAUGAUGAGCUUUAUUCUAUUUUUCCUCUCUUUUUAUUAGUCCGCCAACUGUGCUGCUAUACUUCCAAUUAAUAUUAUAGGCAAAACACAAUUUCUGAACGUUUCUUUGUCUUGCAUUUUUUUAUUGGGUUGACAAAUCUCGUGAUACAAAACAAACAAAAUUUUCAACCUUUUUUCUUUUUGCCCCACACCCCGCGCAUCAAAUAAUAUCGCCGUUUUUUCUUCCUUUUUCAUUCAAGU